GCAGCCCCGGACAGCUGGCGGGGGUACCGGGGGUACCGGGGCCGGGGGCACGGCCGGGGCCCCGCCGCGGCCCCUGCGCUGCGUCCCGUUCUGCCCCGCAUGGAUGGGGCCUCGCCACCUCCAGUGCCCGCUGCGCUCGCGCCCGGGAGGCCUGACAGCUCUCAGCCAGCACUGUGUGUGGGAGCAGCCUAAGGUGUGGUGGUCCUGCCCUGCCCUGCCCGUGUCCCCCCGCUGCCCCCAGGUAACUGAACGCCCUCGGUGCGGAUCCUGGCCCGGCUGGAAUGCUUGGAUGCACAGCAGCUCUUCCCACAGCUUCUCUUCGUCUGCCCCACUGCAAGAAGAUGGCAAAAGCCAACAUCACCAGGGACAUCAUCCACAGGCAGAUCAAGGAGCGGGGAGCGCUGGGCUUCGAGCGCCACUACCACGUCACCGACCCCUUCAUCCGCCGCCUGGGGCUGGAGGCUGAGCUGCAGGGUCACUCUGGGUGUGUCAACUGUCUGGAAUGGAAUGAAAAAGGAGACUUGUUGGCCUCUGGCUCUGAUGACCAGCAUACCAUUGUGUGGGAUCCUCUGCACCACAAGAAACUCCUUUCUAUGCACACAGGACACACUGCAAACAUCUUUUCUGUCAAGUUCUUGCCGCACUCGGGGGAUCGGAUCCUCAUCACGGGAGCUGCAGAUUCCAAGGUGCACGUCCAUGACUUGACUGUCAAGGAGACCGUGCACAUGUUUGGAGAUCACACCAACAGAGUGAAGCGGAUUGCCACGGCUCCAAUGUGGCCAAACACCUUCUGGAGUGCAGCAGAAGAUGGCUUAAUCAGGCAGUAUGACCUGCGGGAGAACAGCAAACGUUCCGAGGUGCUGAUAGACCUGACUGAGUACUGUGGGCAGCUGGUGGAGGCCAAGUGCCUGACAGUGAACCCCCAGGACAACAAUUACCUGGCCGUGGGGGCCAGCGGGCCCUUUGUGCGGCUCUACGACAUCCGCAUGAUCCACAACCACAGGAAAAGCAUGAAGCAGAGUCCCUCAGCUGGAGUGCACACGUUCUGUGACCGGCAGAAGCCCCUCCCGGACGGGGCGGCUCAGUACUACGUGGCAGGGCACCUCCCAGUGAAGCUUCCAGACUACAACAACCGGCUGAGGGUCCUGGUGGCCACGUACGUCACCUUCAGCCCCGAUGGCACCGAGCUCUUGGUCAACAUGGGAGGGGAGCAGGUCUAUUUGUUUGAUCUGACAUACAAACAGCGGCCAUACACUUUUCUCCUCCCAAAGAAGUGCCACACUUCAGGGGAAGUGCAGAAUGGAAAAACCUCUACCAAUGGAGUGUCCAAUGGGAUCCAUCUCCACAGCAACGGCUUCCGCUUGGCCGAGGGAAGGGCACACGUGAGCCCCCAGGUGGAGUUGCCCCCGUACCUGGAGAGGAUCAAACAACAAGCCAACGAGGCCUUUGCCUGCCAGCUGUGGACGCAGGCCAUCCAGCUGUACAGCAAAGCUGUGCAGAAGGCCCCCAACAAUGCCAUGCUCUAUGGGAACAGAGCUGCUGCCUACAUGAAGCGCAAGUGGGAUGGGGACCAUUACGAUGCUCUGAGGGACUGCUUGAAGGCCAUAUCCCUAAAUCCAUGCCACCUGAAGGCCCACUUCCGCCUCGCCCGCUGUCUCUUUGAACUCAAGUACGUGGCAGAAGCAUUGGAGUGUCUGGAUGACUUUAAAGGGAAGUUUCCAGAACAAGCACACAGCAGUGCCUGCGAUGCACUAGACAGGGACAUCAAUGCUGCCCUCUUCUCCAAGAGUGAUAACGCUGAGGACAAGAAGGGGGGUGGCCCCAUCCGGCUGCGAGCCACGGGCCGCAAGGACUCCAUCUCCGAGGAUGAGAUGGUGCUGAGGGAGCGCAGCUACGACUACAAGUUCCGGUACUGCGGCCACUGCAACACCACGACGGACAUCAAGGAGGCCAAUUUCUUUGGCAGCAACGCCCAGUACAUCGUCAGCGGCUCGGACGACGGCUCCUUCUUCAUCUGGGAGAAGGAAACCACCAACCUGGUGCGUGUGCUGCAGGGAGACGAGUCCAUUGUGAACUGUCUCCAGCCUCAUCCCAGCUACUGCUUCCUGGCCACCAGCGGCAUCGACCCGGUCGUGCGACUCUGGAACCCCAGGCCGGAGAGCGAGACCCUCAACGGCCGCGUGGUCGUGGACAUGGAAGGUGCUUCCCAAGCCAACCAGCGGCGGAUGAACGCGGACCCGCUGGAGGUGAUGUUGCUGAACAUGGGCUACCGGAUCACAGGACUGACCAGUGGUGGGGCUGGAGGCUCGGAUGAUGAAGACAGCUCAGAGGGGCAGGUCCAGUGCCGGCCCAGCUAAAACAGAACUGCCUCUCCUUCCUCUAAAUAUUUGGCUGAAAGAGAACCGAGUUUCCUUGGUCCUGAACUUUCUCUGGUGAAUGACUGCACUGUUUCGCACUAUGCACAGGGUAGGACAAGCUGGCAGGGGCAGGAGCGGCCGUCUCUAAACCAUCACCACCUCCUCCUCCUCUUCCAUGGCAGUGCAGUCCGGGGUUUGCCUUUAGUGGAAUUUAGUCCCAACAGGGGUCUUUGAGUUGUCUGUGAGCAGUGUAACUGGUGAUUAUUUUUCCAGAGCUGCUGUAUGAUCUGGUACAGGGGCUGUUGCCUGCAUUGCAGGGGGGAUGUUAAAUUCCUGAAUAAAAUACAAACCUAGGGCAGGGGUUAUGGAAUGAA